AUGGGUAAAAAAUUUAAUCAUUCAGAAAUAUUUCCUAAUAACCCAAUGCUCAUGUGUAUAUGCGGUAGUUCCGGUUCUGGGAAAACUCAUCUCACUUUUAACAUGUUGACAACACCAAACCUUUUAGAUUUCGAUUCUUUGUAUAUCUACACAACAACACCAGAGCAAUCGUAUUAUCAAUUUCUCAAAGCUUUAGAAUAUCUACCAAAGAGAGAUGUUCAAGACCUAUUUCAAUAUUACAAGGAAAACGAAGAAAAAGUGGGAUUGAAAGAUUUCAUAGAUAACUACAUCGAAGGAAAGAAACCAACGGAUAUAAAAGUUUUUCUUACGAAAAAUGUUAAUGAUCUAGAUUUGUCUCAAAUUGAUAGCGAGCGAAAGAACUUACUAGUGUUUGACGACUGCGUAGCGCAAAGAAAUCAAACGGUUCAACAAGAAUUCUUCACGAAAGGAAGACAUCACAACUGUCACUGCAUAUACCAAUCCCAAUCUUUUCACGGGAUGGAUUCUAUGUUCAUUAGAAAAAAUGCAUAUUGUUUUUUAUUAUUUGAAUUAAACGACAAAGAUUUAUCUCAAAUCGUUCAAUCGAUAAAUCACGGAAUGGACAGAGAUGCAUUUAAAAAGGUUUGUAAAGCUCAAUGGAGAUAUCCAGAUGAUCAUGGAUAUGUAUUUGUAAAUACUAGAAAACCUGCGGGUGAAAGAGUUAUGAACGAUAUAUGUUAA